AUGCUUGCUCUAUACAACGAGAACGUGGUGAAAGUUGGACCAAUGAAAAAAUUCAGAAACAAAAAAUUGAUGUGGGAAUGUAUUGCUACGGAUAUAUCAAACGAGUUAAAAAUUUACGUAAGCGGAAUUCAAUGCGAAUCUCGUUUCAAAAAUGUCUUAAAACGUAAGACUGGUGCUGUAAAGCAUAAUAAACAAUCAGGUAAUGAUCCCGUGGAAGUUCCAUACCAAGACGAGAUUGAUGAAAUUAAAAGUAUGGAUGAUAGUAUUAAACCUGAAGUUCUUGUGAGUCCUGGUAGCAUUAAAGUUUUAAAAAACAACUCUCAAAAGUGUCUAGCAGAACAAUCUCGUCAGGAUAACAAGAAAAAGAAAACAGAAGAUCCACUUAUUACUGCAUUUCGUGAAUCGCAGGAAAGGAGGGAAGCCAACAGGCAACGUAGGCAUGAAGAAAAACUUGCAUUGUUGCGAGAAUUCCUGAGUAAGAAGGAGUAA